UGAUUGGUCCAAGGGUGAAUCCCUGUCGAAUGAUUGGUACUAUCCCUUUCACGCGCCUCUAGUAGACUCGGCGGUUAUGUGUCUCGUCACAAUCGUUAGCAAACAAAGAAGCAACAAGACGCUAUCUUGAUUGGGCAGCACUCCUUGAACUGUCUGCAGUCAGUGGCUGCGGCAGCACUGCUGCCAGUCCCUUUGUCUUGCUCAUAAACUGCUGAUGCCUCAUCUUUCAUCCUCAGAAUGUGUCCCUGAAUCGGCAGAGUGGCAGUCACGAAGUUCUCUACAAUGAUUUUUCUCAAUUGUCGCGAUCAGCGCCCUAGGCUAAGGCCAGUUCUACAUGUUGCUCUCGUCCUUCUAGCGUUCUCAUGGCUUUUGCAUUCUUUUCACAGGUACAACUCCACUGAGAACGAUGUAUCUCCAUUGUCUCGACGGAAGGUCGGAAAAGUAAUGGCGAUAUAUGGCAAUCACACGAUCUACAAACGAACGAUGGCUACACACGAGAAACAAAGUCGCCGGUUGGGGUAUCCGCUUUUCGUUCUUGAGAGUCCUAUACUUGAUAGCUACUGGAAUAAGUACGCUAUUAUCCUGUCAGUGAUGUUACAGGAGUUAGCAAAACCAGCCGAUAAAAGGCUGGAGUGGCUGUUUUGGUUCGAUGCUGACACCGUGAUCAUGAACCCUUAUAUACCUUUAGAGACAUUUCUACCUCCGCCACAACUAUCAGACAUCCAUCUGUUACUAACCAAAGAUUGGAAUGGUAUCAACAAUGGUGUUUUUCCAAUUCGUGUGCAUCGGUGGUCUGUCGAGUUCCUCACUGCCGCCAUAUCAUAUCCGGUCAUUCAUCCUGACGUAUAUCUUCACUGGCCUGAUCAGUCAGCGAUGAGCAAUCUCAUCCAAGAUAAUGAUUACUUUUCCCGAUCAAUUAUUCACUGUCCAUUGCGAUGGUUCAACGCCUAUAUGAGAUCGCCAGACGGCGAAGAACUAAAUCCAGACUCGCCUCCGGAAUAUCAGGUACAUCCUGGUGAUCUUUUGGUACAUUUUCCUGGAACCCCUGCAGAUCACUUGGAUCAGACCUUGGAACCGUAUCUUGCCAUAGCUGAAGCACACCGAGCUGAGUGGGAGUUGCCCCUUGAACAGACGGAGUAUAUAGAGCAAACACAGGAAUUUUGGAGACCAAAACUGUCUCACCCGUGAGAUUUGAUAUGUGCGAUUGUCAGAUAGUUCAGAUUAGAUGAGUUCAUGUCGCGUUCCUCAAUCAAUUAUGGCUGGCCAUUCACCAUGUUAUUCGGGAAAUUUCCAGGGAAGCCUCUACGUUGCUCCUCAAUACUGACCGAGCCCUUCAAGUCUUCCCGGAGACAGCCAACAUUGCUUGCGCACCUGACAUGGUCAAGUGAUGUUAUGGGCAGUUCCGUCCUUUCUGAGUGUAAUAAGUCGUUGGGAGAAUGUCCUAUCUUCCCAUCAAUCCCUGAAGAUCACUGUAAAAUUUCAUUCCAAGGAUAAUCCCUCGCCUAAGAUUAUCUGCAUUGGCUAGAUCCGCCGAUACAACAACGGGAACUUUAUCGGACACUAUGCAACUUUCGAAGCACACCGGGUGAUCCGCGAACUAAGUACGAGGUGGAGGCAGUGGACCUGCCGUGUUACGAACUGCAGGUGGGGGUAACUAGGUAGUUAUAGAUGGC